AUGUCUCAGCCUCCAGGCCCACCCUCUCCCGGUUCCUACACGACCCUCCCCCUAACCGGUCCUCACUCCAUCGGCGUCGGACACGCCCUCAUCACCCUCGUCGAGCCCCACCCGGGCCACGAGCGCGCCUACAACCGCUGGUACGAAGACGACCACAUGUUCUCGGGAGCUCUCUAUCUGCCCUGGCUCUUCUCCGGUCGACGAUGGGUCGCAACCCACGACCUCCAACAGCUCCGCUUCCCCCGCGACCACGCUCUCUUCGACCCGCUCUCGCAAGGCUGCUACCUGAGCACCUACUGGAUCACCCCCGGCCGCAUCGCCGAGCACAAAGAAUGGAGCUUCUCGGUAUACAACCGGCUGGUCGCCGAGUGCCGCGUCAACGACCACCGCGACCACGUCUUCACCUCCUUCCAAGACAAGUCCGGGACCGUGUACCACUCCCCCUCAACCCCUAGAGACGUCUUCACCCUCCUCGACCCCUCCCCUGGGCUCGUUAUGGAGAUCCUCGACGCGGAUGACGAGGCGCCGGACUCGAGCGCCCUGAGAAAGUGGCUGCUAGAUGUGCACCUCCCUGCUCGAGUCAGCGUGCCGCACAGUCCGGUCGAUAGUGCGAUGGUCUUCGCGACAAGGCCGCUGGAGGCGAUGCCGCCAGAAGUGCUGGCGCGGAUCGGCGAGAUUGCGGGGGCGGCGAAUGAGCCGCGGCGAGUGACGGUGCUGUGGUUCCUGAAGCGGGAUCCGCGGGAGGUGUGGGAGUGGGUUGCGGGGGAGGAGGAGCGGGUGAAGGCGGGCGGGGAGGGGAGGGUGAGGUUCUGUGCGCCGUUUGUGCCGGCGAGGAUGGGCACGAAUGAGUAUGAUGACCAGUUGAGGGGAUGA